CCGUGCAAAACUUUACCCUGGGCUUCCUUUGUCACAGCUUGGCCAGUUUAUAAAAUGUAAUGCCAAAGAUGGACUUGUGUGCUUGAACAAAUACCAAACUAUUACACAACAAUGCUUGAACUUUGAGAUUAGAGUAUACUGUUGUAAUGGAAAAUGUGGCAGUACUACAACACAAUCACCAUCUCCAACCACUACUAGGCUGUCAAUUACAGCUGUAUUGUCUACUACUACACCUUUACCAACUUUCACAACUCUGAAAACAACCAAGCGUACACCUAAACCUGGAUGCAUUUGCCAUUGGUCAGAUUGGAUGGACUUUGGUGGCCCAACAAAAGAUUCUGAAGGUGGUGAAAUAAUACCAAUCAAAAAAAUUAUUAAAACUUAUUCAACCAUCUGCUCUGCACCAAAAGAAGUGGAAUGCCGUGCAAAACUUUACCCUGGACUUCCUCUGUCACAACUUGGCCAGGUCGUAAAAUGUAAUGCCAAAGAUGGACUUGUGUGCUUGAACAAGCACCAAACUAUUACACAACAAUGCUUGAAUUUUGAGAUUAGAGUUUCCUGUUGUGAUGGAAAAUGUGGCAGUACUACAACACAAUCACCAACCGCAACCUCUACUUGGCUGUCAAAUACAAAAACAAUACCCACAAAAACAUCAGCUUCCAUGACACCGAAAUCAACUGUGCUUACUCCUACUCCUGGAUGCCUUUGCCAUUGGUCAGAUUGGAUAGACUUUGGUGGCCCAACAACAGGUUCUGAAGGUGGUGAGAUAAUACCACUUAAAGGAAUAAUUGAUUCCUAUCUUACUGUAUACACAGAGCCAAAGGAAGUGGAAUGCCGAGCAAAACUUUACCCUGAACUUUCUCUUUCACAGCUUGGCCAGGUUGUGAAAUGCAGUACAAAAGAUGGACUCGUAUGUUUGAACAAAAACCAAAGUAUUACACAGCAAUGCUUUGACUAUAUCAUCAGAGUAUUUUGCUGUCAUGGAAAAUGUGGUGGUUCCACACAGGCACCAGCAACAUUUUCCAUGACACCAAACAUAAUCACACUUACUCCAACCCCUGCAUGCAAUUGUCAUUGGUCAGAAUGGAUGGACUUUGGAGGGCCAACAACAGGUCUUAAAGGUGGAGAAAUAAUACCAAUUAAAACAAUCAUAGAUUCAAAUCCAACCACCUGCUCAACACCAAAGAAAGUGGAAUGUCGUUCAAAACUUUAUCCUGAGCUUCAUAUUUCAGAGCUUGGCCAGGUCGUGAAAUGUAAUCUUCAAGAUGGACUUGUUUGCCUAAAUAAAAAUCAAGAUAUUACCCAGCAAUGCUUUGACUAUGAGAUGAGAUUGUUGUGUUGUCAUGGACAAUGUAUCAGCACAUCUCUACCAUCAUCACCGACACUAUCUGUACACAGUCCCCCCACAAGUACAAGCACAAGAACAACUACAACAUCCACAAUAACAGCUAUGACUAGUACCAUUUCCCUAACUGCCAAUGCAUCCACUACUCCAAAAGAAAAUAAAUUUCCUUCUGAAUGUAUUUGUCAGUGGUCGGACUGGAUUGACUUUGGUAGCCCAACAACAGGUCCUAAGGGUGGUGAAAUUAUACCUAUAAUGGAACUGAUACAUAAAAAUCCUAAUAGUUGCUCUGCUCCAUUUGAAGUUGAAUGCCGUGCAAAACUUUACCCUGGACUACUUCUUUCACAACUGGGCCAGGUAGUUACAUGUAAUCCUGAGGAUGGACUAGUUUGCUUAAACAAGAACCAAGAAGUUACACAGCAAUGCUUUGAUUAUGAGAUUAAAAUAAUUUGUUGUCAAGGACUGUGUGGAAAAACCUCAAGAUCAGCAGUUAAUUCACGACUAAUUCAGUAUUUGUCCUCCAACACAAUAAUCACCAAAACCACAAGUUUGCCAAUUAAAGGUCACAUCACUGCCCACCAAGAAUGUGCCUGUGAAAUCUAUGGUGAUAAAUAUGAGCCAGGAGCAGCAAUUUACAAUAAAACUGAUGGUGAUGGAUGGUGUUAUAUUGCAAAAUGUGUCAAAACAGAAGAGAAGUGUGAUGUGAUAAAAUUAUCAGUACCCUGUUUAACAACAGCAUCACCAUCAGCCUCCACAGCACUGACAAGCAACUGUGAUAAAUAUAUUACCCCUCUUACAAAUGGUGAAUCUAUUAAUGAGGGAAAUUGCUAUACUGACACAUGCAUCAAUGGUACAAUCAAACAUGAAGCAGUGCAGUGUGUACCUGUGGAGUAUCCUGUGUGUGAGAACAAAUAUCCACCACUGAAAGUCACCGACAAGUCUGGAUGCUGUUUUAAAUAUGAGUGCCAAUGUAUCUGCAAUGGCUUAGGAGGCACACAUUACAUCACAUUUGAUGGAAUACAUUACCCUUUUCAAGGAAACUGUUCUUAUGUGCUUGUCAAAGAAAUCGAUCCGAAGUACAAUUUAAGUGUUAUAAUUGACAGUGCCCUCUGUGAUUCUGACAAUGGUCUUUCCUGCCCCAAGUCCCUGAGAGUUUACUACAAAUCUUUAGAGAUCUUCAUGUCUCAGAAGGUUUCUGGUGGAGCUGUCACAAAUUUGAUUCACUUGAACCACAAGACGGUAAAUUUGCCGUUUCAGAAUAAAGACAUCCGUGCCAUACAAAAUGGCAUAGAAUCUUUUUUGUUCAUACCUGAGAUUGGUGCACAGAUCACUUUUACUGGCAAACAGUUUUCCAUCAACCUCCCAUGGCACAAGUUCCAUGGUAACACAGAGGGCCAGUGUGGUACGUGUGAUAAUAACCAAAGAGACGAUUGUCGCUUGCCAGAUAGCACCAUUGUAUCAUCUUGCCAAGACAUGGCUCCAUAUUGGCAUGCUCAUAAAAACAACAGCUUCUGUACUCCAUCAAGGCCCGUGCCCACAUCAAAACCAUGCCCUCGUCCUGCAAUAUGCAAAAUCAUUGAAAGCAAGAUCUUUGAGAAAUGCCAUCAAUUUGCCCCUUAUGAGCCAUACAUUGCAGCAUGUAACUCAGAUGUAUGUCACAUGAAGUGUGAGAGCAUUGGCUGUGGCAGCCUUCAGGCCUAUGCUGAGCAAUGCGCAAUGGCAGGAGUAUGUGUAGAAUGGAGGAACGCUACAAAUGGAGUCUGUGAUUUUGAGUGCAAUAAGCCACUGGAAUAUAAAGCAUGUGGUCCUCAAGUAGAGCCAACUUGUGAUGCAAGAUUUAACCUGAAAUAUGGACACGAGCAUAAAGCAUUCAGUCAUUUGGAAUCAACGGGAUGGGAGGGAUGUUACUGCCCGAGUGGUACCACACUUUUGAGACCUAAUUCUAAAAUCUGCAUUCCCAGCUGUGAGAUUUGUACCUUACCCAAUGGACGAUGGAAGAAGGCCAAUGAAACAUGGACUAUGGGCUGUGACGUGUGCACGUGUGAGGAGGAAAGUCUGACUAUACACUGUGAGCCUCUUCCUUGCCCCAAACAAGAUCCUGUAAUCUGUGAUCAGGACGGUCAAAUUAGGAUUUCAGAAACAGUGGGCUGCUGCCAGAGGAUGAAAUGUGGGUGUAAUACUAGCCUCUGUCCCAGUAAGAGCUUCACUUGCCCCGUUGGACACAAUAUAGAGAUGAAAAUGGGACUUUGCUGUCCGGUAUAUCGCUGUGUGCCUAAACAUGUUUGUGUGUUCAAUGAUACAGAAUAUAAGGCAGGGAACCCUGUACCCAUUAGCAAAUGUAAGCAUUGCCUAUGUAGUGCUAACCGGGAUCACAGGAGUCAACAACAUUCGAUUGAAUGCCAGCCCGUUCAGUGCGAUACACACUGUCAAAGGGGAUACGAGUAUAGGACAGUUCCUGGCUGGUGCUGUGGAAAGUGUGUCCAGACAAGCUGUGUCGUUGUUUAUGCAGGAAACAUCUCGCACACCAUCCCUGAUGGCGAAAUUUGGUCUCCACCUGGUGAUAAAUGUUCGAAAUUUAAGUGUGUGAAGAUCGGAAUGAACUUCAUUGCAACUGAAUUCAAGAUUGAUUGUCCAAAGUUCAAUCCAGCUGCAUGCGUGCCCGGCACCGAGGUCAUUGCUCCCAAUGGAUGCUGUAAAAGGUGCAUAUAUUUACCAAAGCAAUGCAAUAUAAGCAAGAUAUCAACAUACCUGGAGAGUAACGGCUGUAGGACGGCAAAACCAGUGGAGAUGUCUAUAUGUGGAGGGUCAUGUGGCACAUAUUCCAUGUACUCCAUGAAAGAUAAAGCGAUACAACAUUCAUCUUCUUGUUGCCGGGAGGUCGCAACGAAAGAAAGGAAAGUGCAGCUUAUCUGUCCGAAUGGAUCAAAAGUCAUCGAGAAAUAUAUCCACAUAGAAAAGUGCGGCUGCUUGGAGACAGAGCGACAGAAGCCUUGAUGAACUAGAACUCUUAUUAUAUAGAAAUCAGUCUUAUUCUAUUUAUGUCUUUGUACUGAUUUACUUACAUCAUUUACACCUUCAUGCAUACUCUUCAUCUUUUUUUUCCUUUCAAAAAUUCAAAAUUCAAUAAAUAUACGCAAUUUGGCUUGGUGUUUUUAGUCUUUUUAAGUGAAACUCAGGCACAUUUCUAUUUUUGAAGACUUUUAAUGUCAUUUCCAGCUCAAUUCAUAUUAAUAAUAAUAAUAAUAAUAAUAAAUACAUGUGAAAAUUAUGAACUUGUAACACGGGGAAUGUAACAGAACAUGUCUUCAGCACUACUUGUUAAGAAAGUAAUGGCGACCUAUCAUUAGCAUUCAAGAGUCAACGACAUGCCUGUUCUAGAAAUAGUUCGAGUAAAAUAAAGAACCACUGUUUCAUCCGUCUGUUUUCUGUGAUGGGGUGGGUAUGUUAUAAGACCUUGGAUGUUUUUAAGUAAAGAGCAAAUUUAGUACAUUUAACAGACUCUAUUUUCAAGUAAAGGCUACACACAACACUUGAUGGCUUUAAUUAGAACUUCUCGGGUACAUUUUACUCAAGCAAUGUGUGAUGAGGCAGGUAAGCAAUGAGGAUCUACACGCAGCUUUAUUAAACUAAAAGAGCAUGGGGGGGAGGGGGGCUACAAAACUAACACAGGAAAUUGGAAACUAAACAAGAAUUUCAAAAUAACAGCACAAAAACAAAAGAUAACUGGGAAUAUGUGACACUCUGUAGCACUGAAUUAACCCUUUAAGCUCUGAAGGUGUUGUAAAGUGUUUGGUAUCCUUGUAAAGAAAACUUUGGAUAAUAUUUAAUGAUAUUGUUUAUGAUACAUUCUGAGACUCUCAGACUAAGAAACUGCUGACAAAUGAAAAAAAAAAAAAACUAUUGUGUAACAAAUGUUCUUAUUUUGACAUUAUAUAUAUCAGGGUGUAAAUAAGGUGGCUCCAAAAAACUGCUUUUGUUUUGUUCUCAAUCAUGUCAACUGUAUCUGAGAAACAUUUUGUGUUGAUACGACAAAACAAUCAGAAGUAAAAACAUUACAAAAAUUAUUUAUCAAAGUGUCCAAAAAUAUCUCCAAGUGUCCAAAAUCAUCUCCAAACAAAUAAAACAAAUAUUGCACAUAAGAACUAAUUACACAUGCAAACACAACAAUGACUAAAGGUUUGUAUGGCGUGCAGACAUGAUGUUAUCUCUGUAAUGAGAUUUUACAGAAUGAGUUUCAUUCUGUGCCAUUUGAGUCAUCAUUGAGUCUAUGUCAUAUAUUUGGCGCCAUCUCCUGGUGGCCAGAUGUAACAUUUUGCUUCAUGUGGAUUAUCU